CAGCGGCGCUGCAGCCAUUUCCGGUUUCGGGGAGGUGGGUGCGGUGCGGAGCGGGAGUUGGCGCCGCAGCCGCCUCCAGAGCCUGUCCUGCUGCCGGGUGCUGCCGGGACGAUGCGGCCGGAGCCCGGAGGCUGCUGCUGCCGCCGCCCGCUGCGGGCGAACGGCUGCGUGAAGAACGGGGAGGUGAGGAACGGGUACGUGAGGAGCAGCACCGCCACCGCCGCGGCUGCCGGCCAGAUCCAUCAUGUUACAGAAAAUGGAGGACUGUAUAAAAGACCGUUUAAUGAAGUGUUUGAGGAAACACCCAUGCUGGUUGCCGUGCUCACAUAUGUGGGAUAUGGGGUGCUCACCCUCUUUGGAUAUCUUCGAGAUUUCUUGAGGCAUUGGAGAAUUGAGAAGUGCCACCAUGCAACAGAAAGAGAAGAACAAAAGGACUUUGUGUCAUUGUAUCAGGAUUUCGAAAACUUCUAUACAAGAAACCUCUACAUGAGGAUAAGAGACAACUGGAAUCGACCUAUCUGUAGUGUGCCUGGAGCCAGAGUGGAUAUCAUGGAGAGAAAGUCCCAUGACUAUAACUGGUCAUUCAAGUACACAGGGAAUAUAAUUAAAGGUGUUAUAAACAUGGGUUCCUACAACUACCUUGGAUUUGCGAGGAAUACUGGAUCAUGUCAGGAAGCAGCUGCUGAAGUUCUGAAGGAGUAUGGAGCUGGAGUGUGCAGCACUCGGCAGGAGAUUGGAAACCUGGACAAGCAUGAAGAACUAGAGAAACUGGUAGCAAGGUUCUUGGGCGUGGAAGCUGCUAUGACCUAUGGCAUGGGAUUUGCAACAAAUUCAAUGAACAUUCCUGCUCUUGUUGGCAAAGGUUGCCUGAUUCUGAGUGAUGAGCUGAACCAUGCAUCACUGGUUCUAGGAGCCAGGCUGUCGGGAGCAACCAUUCGAAUCUUCAAACACAACAAUAUGCAAAGCUUGGAGAAGCUUUUGAAAGAUGCCAUUGUUUAUGGGCAGCCUCGGACAAGAAGGCCCUGGAAGAAAAUCCUCAUCCUUGUGGAAGGCAUAUAUAGCAUGGAAGGAUCUAUUGUCCGCCUUCCUGAAGUGAUUGCUCUCAAGAAGAAGUACAAGGCAUACUUGUAUCUGGAUGAGGCACACAGCAUUGGGGCGCUUGGCCCUUCAGGGCGAGGUGUGGUAGACUACUUUGGCCUGGAUCCCGAGGAUGUAGAUGUUAUGAUGGGAACAUUCACAAAGAGCUUCGGUGCUUCUGGAGGAUACAUUGGAGGCAAGAAGGCGCUGAUAGACUAUCUUCGCACACAUUCUCACAGUGCUGUGUACGCCACGUCGAUGUCACCACCUGUGGUGGAGCAGAUCAUCACCUCCAUGAAGUGCAUCAUGGGACAGGAUGGCACCAGCCUUGGCAAAGAAUGUAUACAGCAGUUGGCUGAGAACACCAAGUACUUCAGGAGACGCCUGAAGGAAAUGGGGUUCAUCAUCUAUGGCAAUGAAGAUUCCCCAGUGGUGCCUUUGAUGCUCUACAUGCCAGCCAAAAUCGGUGCCUUCGGGCGGGAGAUGCUGAAGCGGAACAUUGGUGUAGUUGUGGUGGGAUUUCCUGCUACCCCAAUCAUUGAGUCCAGAGCCAGAUUUUGCCUGUCAGCAGCUCAUACCAAAGAAAUACUUGAUACAGCUUUAAAGGAGAUAGAUGAAGUUGGGGACCUGCUGCAGCUCAAGUACUCACGCCGUCGGCUGGUGCCUCUGUUGGACAGGCCCUUUGAUGAGACGACCUAUGAGGAGACAGAAGACUGAGCCUUUUUGGUGCUCCCUAGAGGGAGAAACUCCCUCCCAGGACAGCGUGUGGCCUUUCUGAGCCAGUUCCAGGAACCACACUUCAGUGACCACCUCAUGUGAAAGACAGUUCUGAAGCUACUGAAGGUGGCCACCUCCACUCCAAAUGGCAUUUUGUAAAUAGUAAAAACAAACAAACUGCUUCACAUUCUUCCUUUGUUUGCUAAGUCUCACCUUUAUAUAUAUAUAUAUAUAUAUGAUUACUUUGUCCAUUAAAAAUGUUUUAUUUUAUAACUA